CCACCCACACACAAGUCCCAAAGCAAUUUGGAAGCACCAUCCAUCCUAGCCAGGCUCCCAGUAGCUAGCAGCUUACUCAAGGAAGCGGCGGCGGCAGCAGCGCAACGAGUGCUCAGGAGAAGGAGACAUGGCGUCCAUGAUGGGAGGAGACUUCGUGGAGGCCUACGUGCUCAAGAACGCCUACAAGGAGAAGCUGAGGCGCAUGGACCAAGCCGAAGCCGCCGCGGCGCUCGACGGCGCAAAGAGCAGCAAGGACGCCGCCGGUGCCGCUGGAGAGAAGAAGGAGGCUGGUGGUGCGAGCAGCAGGGGAGGAUUCUUUGGCCUCAUGAAGAAGAAGGUGCACCCCAAACCCAAAGCGGCGGCGGCGGCGGCCACUUCCUCUUGAUUAUAUUGCUACUGUAUUUGCCAUGCCACGAAAUUGUAAGCCGCAGCUGCUAGAACUGGCCGCAGCUUUCUUCUAGCUAGGAGUGUGUGUGUAGGUUUGUUCUUUCGAUCAGCUUCUCUUGGAGGAGUGUGUAAAGCAAGUUCUUUUGUUAAUUGUUCAAAACAAGUCGACGGAAAUUAAGUCAAGGAUAUUCCUUCAUUAGUUGGGUUGA